AACACACACACACACACACCAGGGCUCUGCUGAGCCUCAAAUCUGUCUUCACUUCAGGAUGGAGGGUCAAAGGGUUCUGCUUCUGGUUCUGGUUGUGGUUCUGGCGUCUGUGCAGCGUUCAGGCGGUGUGCGUUGCUUUGCACAGUUCGACCUGAGCCUCGGUCAGUGUGAUGAAGAGCUGGGGGAGGUGGAUGAAGAGGACUGCUGUCAAAACCCUCAGUACGGCUACCAGACAACAGAUGGAGUGUGUCAGUCCUGUGGUCCUCCGGUGUGGUCCCCCUGGUCGCCAUGGUCACAGUGCAACGUCCCGUGUGGAGAGGGAGUGAUGCAGAGGAACAGGAAGUGCUUCGGUAUCGGAGGCUCAGAGUGUGAGAGGCCCAAAGAGAAGGUGGAGAUGAUCCCCUGCAACGGCACCUGCUGUCAGAGGCCCUGCCCCGUGGCCGGGCUCUGGUCCAGUUGGUCCAGCUGGGCUCAGUGCUCCUCUUCCUGUAUCGCAGAGGGCCGAGCUCCCAUCAGAAACCGCCGGCGCACCUGUUCUAACCCCGCCCCCUCAACGGACCCGCCCGGCUUGGGUUGCCGUGGUGACGACAGCGAGGAUCAAAACUGCGACAACCUGCCUCACUGCGCAGUGAAUGGAAGUUGGGGGUCUUGGUCUCCCUUCUCUUCCUGUCCUGUUACCUGUGGGGUGGGACUUCAGGAGUCAUUCAGGAGAUGUGACAGCCCCGCCCCUAAACAUGGCGGAUGGCCAUGUCCUGGAGAGGGACGUAGAACCAAAAUCUGCUCAACCAACACACACUGUCCAGUGGAUGGCGUGUGGUCGGAAUGGUCCCGCUGGGGGCCCUGCAGGAGCCCCUUCCCGGGGAGGGACAUCCGUUGCAGGCAGACUGCAGGCGGCAGUCAGAGCCGAGAGCGUCUGUGUCUCCACCGGGUCCACAACGGGUCCAUCUGCAGCGGGGACAGUUUGACCGAGUCACGGGUCUGCUACGAUGUCAAUGGCUGUUACAUGAAGGGGACCUGGGGGGAAUGGAACUCGUGGAGUUUGUGUUUCCCGCCCUGUGGAGUCAAAUCCAAACGCGUCAGGAAGAGACGCUGUGACGUGGACUACAGCGGCUACGAACCAACCAUCGGGCGUAGGAAGGAGGUAGCAUCGUUCUCUGGGACUCCAAACGAUGACUGCGGCCCGCUGCCCGACGGGGAGGAGUCUGAACAGCAGCAGAACUGUGUCAACGCUCCGGCCUGUCCCUGAGUUCACAGCGUCAUGACAACGCCGUAGCUGUGUCCAACGGACACUUCAGGACUGCUGCUGGGACACCUCCAUCUCAACAUCUCAGCAAUUAAACAAGUGUCUACUUUACACACUUUCUAAAGGGAUUACUCAUUAUUUUAGUGUUUACAAAAAAACCUUUGAAUUCAAAUUUCAAAAUGUUGUAUACGGCAACAUCACCAGGAAGAUGAUGUAAUUGUUUAUUAUCUGUUAAUGUAUAUUAUCUCCAGUUGACUAAAUAAAUCGUAUCCUCUUACCAAUGAAAA